AUGAUUAGUGAGGAGAUAGGCAAAUAUUAUUCAAGCACUUAAAAGGAAUUAGUUAAUUUAAAGCAGCAGUUAAACCAGCUUCAGUCAAAUAACAAAUUCAGUGAUCAAAAUAUAAAUGGGAUAUACGGAAGUAUUUAGAAUAAUGUGAGCAAAAUAAACAAUGAAAUCGAAAAUAGGCUUGAAGAUUUGUUCUACAAAAUGAUGAACAAUCAUAAUUCUACUGUUUAAGAAUUGAAAGGAGUUGAAAUUAUUAACUAAUAAGAUUCAUAGGCAGGCUUAUAAAAUAACAAUGAAUUUUAAACUUUAUCUUCGCCUAGUUUGUUGCAUCACAAAUCUCACAGUCUUCUAUAAAACAACAGUUCAGAGAGGUUUCUCUUAAGAAGAGAAAAUACUUAGUCAACUGCUUUACUCAGCAAUAAAUUGAGUCAACAGAGUCUUUAAGUUGGCAAUGCUUUAAAAAAAGAGUCAUUCUUGCCUUCCUUUAUCAAAGAUCACAGUCAAGGUGAUCCCAGGUAGAAACCGUUUGGUAAAAAAUUCUACCGAGCUAAAUAUAUUUCUCAGAAAAAUUUAGAAAAAAUAAAUUCAGAUAAGGUUUUGCAAGAAAAUUUGAUAAAUGAUAAUAGAAAAAAGUCUGCAAAGUAAAAAUCUUAGUUCUUCGAUCUUAUAAACAGUAAUUAAAAGGAGGGAUUAUUUGAAAUGAUUAACAAAGGAAAAAUAAGUAAAAAUAUUGAUCUUUCAAGUGCAUUUUUUGGUUAGGGAUUAAAUUCGAUGGCCCUAUAAAAACCUAUAAAAUUUGCAGAUGCUAAAGAGAAAUUUGUGAAAAGAACUGUAAAUUCUGGCUCAUUGGGACAGGAUUUACAAACUUUCAAACUUGAACCUGUGGAGAGUUCUCUACCACAAAUAAAUUAGAAUCAAAAAGCUUAAGGAAUGUUUAAUAAAACAUCUGAGAAGAAAUUAAAAACUGUAAAUGUUUAGAGCAACUCAUUGGGCUUGGCUGUGAAUAGCUAAUUUAUGCUCGAAGGAACGGGUUAGUAAAAAUCAAAAGAAAUUAUAGACACAACACAAAACGAUGAAUUAAAUUUGGUUUCGUUGGAUCCUAAAACAUAUCCAGAAGUUUUAGAUUAAUAUUCAUUACAUCACUUUAUUAUUAGGAAGGGAAGAACUCUUGAAGAAACACCUGAGUUUUAAAGCUAUAAAAGAACAUAUAUAAAAGAAUGGUUAUUUAUAAUAACUAUUAUCAGGAGUUUAGAAAAAUUGAUGAAAGAUUAUGAUAUUAGUAUUGCAACAGUCGAUGGUAAAGCCCUUUCUCAGUUUGCAGCUUUAAAAAAAUAACCUGAUAUAGCUGAUCUUAUUUAAUGCUGUGUAAACAAGGAUGAAAUUCUAAAAGUAAUAAAAGUUCCUAAAUUGUUGUAUAAAGGUCCUGAAGGCUUGAAUAAAGCAGCAAUUAGAAUUUAAAGCGUAUGGAAAGGAUACAUUUGUAUGAAGUAGUAUGAAAGACUAAAAGUUAUGAUAGAAAAAGUUAAAUUGAUUUAACGCUAUAUUAGAUUAUUCUAAAAUAAGAAGAGGACUUAAAAUAUCAUCAGAAACAAAGGAUAAGACGAUAUUGAUUAUGUAAAAGUGCUUCAAAUGAAGCUGAUGGAAGACUGGCCUGUUAUGAAACUUAAAUAAAGGGUAGAAAUUCAUAUCAAUACUUUUUCUUACGAUGAACUAAAAAGACUAUCAAUGGAAAAAGUAUCACAAAGAUAAAAUAUGUAAAUAACUAGAAUAUUUGCUUUAAAAGAUCCGAAUUUAGAAAUUAUUUACAUAAGUCCUUAUGAACUUCCUUCAGAGGUUGUCAAUUAUUACUAUAAAAUUUUGGAAUUGGGUGAUAUUUCUGAUUUUAGAUCCCGUUUACAUUUCAUAUCCCCUGAAAAAGCUUAUGAUUUCCCAUCUCAUUACUCAACGUCUCGCUUACUUCUAUAUUCUCCAAAGGCUUUAAAAAGAAUAAGAAAUCUAAUAAAAGGUAAGUAAGCUUAUAUUGUGCCAGGAUAUCCAUCAAACGAUGAUAUAAAAUUAGCUAAAAGUAUUGAUGUACCUUUAAUGAGUGGAGAUCCUCAACAGCAUAUGAUUUGCUCCACUAAAUCUGGUGCUAAAAGAAUUUUUAAUUAAUGUGAGAUCCCAACUGCCCCGGGCGCUUACGAAAUUUACGAAGAAAAAGAAUUUAUUAACACUCUAGCAAUUCUUAUUUUAAACAACAUUAGAGUAGAUACUUGGCUAUUCAAAAUAGAUGAUGAAGUGGGCAGUAGAGGAAUAGCUUAUCUUAAUGUAGACAGUAUUGCCUUCUUAAAAAAGCUUCGUAAAUAAGCAAUUUAGAUUGAAAUAGGCUAAGAGCUUUUGGUUUAGCUCUAGUAAAUCUUGGCUGAUAAAUUGCCAACAAAAGUAAAGAUGGCAGUGCCUUCUCUUUUCUAAUAUGGUUACAAAGAAUAUUUAAAUUAAUUUAUCCUGAAAGGUGGAAUCAUAGAAGCCUGUCCUACCUGUACUUUUUCUCAAGUCAGUUCUCCAUCAAUAUUCUUCCACAUUGAUCCGCUGGGAGAAAUAAAAGUUUUAGGUUCAUACGAUAGAAUAAAUGGCUCUCUUUAUAGGGUUAUAGGCUGUUCAGGACCUUAGUAAUCGCUACCUAAUAUGAAUCUUGAGAUGAUCAGUAAUACUUUGGGAAAAACAUUAUAUUCAAGAAAUAUUUUUGGUUAUGUUUCUAUUGAUUUAAUAUCUUUUCCUGAUCCAUAAAAUCCUAACUCACAUCCUUUGUUUUGGGCUGUUGGAUUAGAUUGCUUUUUAAAUAAUUACGCUGCUUCUUGUUUUUAUUUUUAUUUUCUUGUCAAAGGUCAUUCUGACCCUAUAAACGGGUAGUGUAUAUUAGAACCAAGUUAAAGUAACUAACAAGCUAACUCAUAAAUCAACAGUAUUGUUUCAAUGGUAUCAUAAAAUUAAACAAAUUUAAGUAUAGAAAUGCAAUAGAAAAAUAAACAGUUAUCAAAUUUAAAAUCAACAUAAAGUUCUUAAAUUCUACCUAACUUUAUUAAUGAAACAAGGUCAUUUGUAUAUUUCCCUUAUGUUUAACACUCAGGACUUGAAUAACUUCAAUAUAAAACAUUUUUCCACUUAUGCAGAAUUGAAUCAGUGUCAUUUGAUUUAGAAAAAAGAAUGGGAUCAACUUUUAUACUCCUAGACUCACUUUAAUCCUCACUUGUUGGCAUCAUGGCAGUUGCUGAAAACUAAUUAUUAGGACUUAAAUACUUGAAUGACACAUUGAAAUUUCUCCAAAAACAUCUUGGAAAUAUAAAUGAUAAAUUUAAUGGAUUUAAUAAAGAAGGAAGGACGGACAAGAUAUAUUUUUCAGAUUUAAUUAGUCGCUUGAAACUAAUUUUGCGAAAGUAUGACCAAGUAGUGAAUUAUGUACCAAAGUAAAGAAACUCAACAUAUAAAAAUAGUAUAUACCUCUGA